AUGCGUAUAAGAAGGAAACGGCGAGGUGUGCGGGGCGGAGCGGGGGCUGGCCGGGGGCCCCCCCCGCAGCAGUUCGUGCCGCCGGAUGAAAUGCUGCCCUGUGCCCGGGAAGGAGUUUGGACACCUGGCCUGAAGCUGGAAGAGCUGCUUCGCCAGCAGCUCUGGGCAGGGGCGCUGUCCCCGCCGUCCCCGCUGGCCCGCACGUGCACACACUCCAAGGCCUUCUCCCCUUCCCGAAACGCUAUCGCCUUCCCCUCGGGCCCAGCCCCAGGGGUUGGGAGUGAGGCCGAGAGAUCCCCCUGGAAGGUGACGUCCAUCAAUAAGAGCCCUCACAGAGACUCAGGGAGGCACCGCCGGGCAGCCGGGGCCCUCCGGCUUGGGGGGAACAGCUCGGAUUUCGAGAUCCAGGAGGACAAAGUGCCCCGGGAGCGAGCAGUGCUGAGUGGCCUUCGCCACUUCACGGAAUAUCGGAUCGACAUCCACGCCUGCAACCACGCGGCGCACACCGUGGGCUGCAGCGCCGCCACCUUCGUCUUUGCGCGCACCAUGCCCCACAGAGAAGCCGAUGGCAUCCCAGGGAAGGUGGCCUGGGAGGCAGCCGGCAAAAGCAGUGUCCUCCUGCGCUGGCUUGAACCCCCGGACCCCAACGGACUCAUCCUCAAGUACGAAAUCAAGUACCGCCGCUUGGGAGAGGAGGCCACAGUGCUGUGUGUGUCCCGCCUGCGGUAUGCCAAGUCUGGGGGGGUCCACCUGGCCCUUCUGCCCCCUGGAAACUACUCUGCCAGAGUUCGGGCAACCUCACUGGCUGGCAACGGAUCCUGGACAGAGAGUAUCGCUUUCUACAUCCCUGGCCCAGAGGAGGAAGACUCCGGGGGGCUGCACGUCCUCCUCACCGUCACCCCCGUGGGGCUCAUGCUGCUUGUCAUUCUCGCUGCCCUCGGUUUCUUCUACGGCAGGAAGAGAAACAGCACCCUGUAUGCCUCCGUGAAUCCGGAGUACUUCAGCGCCUCUGCUGUGUACAUCCCCGAUGAGUGGGAGGUGCCUCGGGAGCAGAUCUCCAUAAUCCGGGAACUGGGCCAGGGCUCCUUUGGGAUGGUAUACGAGGGACUGGCACAAGGACUUGAGGCUGGAGAGGAGUCCACACCCGUGGCCCUGAAGACGGUGAACGAGCUGGCCAGCCCACGAGAACGCAUUGAGUUCCUCAAGGAAGCCUCUGUCAUGAAGGCAUUCAAGUGUCACCAUGUGGUACGUCUCCUGGGCGUGGUGUCUCAGGGCCAGCCAACUCUGGUCAUCAUGGAGUUAAUGACCCGUGGGGACCUCAAGAGCCAUCUUCGAUCUUUGCGGCCUGAGGCAGAGAACAACCCUGGGCUCCCGCGGCCAGCACUGGGAGACAUGAUCCAGAUGGCUGGUGAGAUCGCAGAUGGCAUGGCCUACCUUGCCGCCAACAAGUUCGUGCACCGAGACCUGGCGGCCCGAAACUGCAUGGUGUCCCAGGACUUCACCGUCAAGAUCGGGGACUUCGGGAUGACCCGAGACGUGUAUGAGACAGACUAUUACCGCAAGGGUGGGAAGGGGCUGCUGCCCGUGCGCUGGAUGGCCCCCGAGUCCCUCAAAGACGGAAUCUUCACCACCCACUCGGACGUCUGGUCCUUCGGUGUGGUGCUCUGGGAGAUCGCGACUCUGGCUGAACAGCCCUACCAGGGCCUGUCCAACGAGCAGGUGCUCAAGUUUGUCAUGGAUGGUGGGGUGCUGGAGGAGCUGGAGAGCUGUCCCCUUCGGCUGCAGGAGCUGAUGAGCCGCUGCUGGCAGCAGAACCCACGCCUGCGGCCCACCUUCACCCACAUCCUGGACAGCAUUCGGGGGGAGCUGCGGCCCUCCUUCCGCCUCUUUUCCUUCUACUACAGCCCAGAGUGCCGGGGCGCCCGGGUGUCCCCACUGCCCGUGGCCGAGCCCGACUCCCUACCGACCCCAGAAGGGGCUCCCUCAGACUGCAGCCCCCAAAAGGGCGGCCCGGGGCACUGA